AUGCUUCGCACAACCGUCAUUGGGCGCCUCUAUGCCACGCUUGUUGUGAUGAAGCGGAGUGGGAAGCCCUCCGACACCCCCGAGUACAAGCAGGUAUACCUCCCGUACGACACGGCUCCAACACCACUAGAAUUGGAGCGGGAACGAAAGAAGCUCCAGCAGGCAUACUACGGUCGUAUGGAACACCGCAAGUUGGUUCCGGUAAAGGAGGUCCCGCUGAAUGUCUACACAUACGGAAAGGAGGGCAUGUCGCUGCCCAUUUCGAUUUUCAAGGAUCAGCAGGAUCCUGUCAUUGGCCCUGAAUGGACGUAUCCUGGCAUCUAUGAAAACAAGCUGGCGGCCCAGCACUGGUACACGGAGGAACUUUUUAGCAAAGAAACCCAAAACAACUUUGACUCCCCGUGGCAAAAGCAAAUUCUUGAGAACCAAGUAAAGCGGCGCAUGGCAAAAGUUGCGUUUCGAAUGCGACAAGUCAACAUGAAAGCGGUGGAUUUGUUUCAAAAGGAACGGGGAUCCGCGAAAAGAGGAGCCGCGGCUGCUGCUGCUGCUGGUGGUGGUGGUGGUGUUGCAGCGGAGAAGGGCAAAGCCGCGGCGAAGAAGAAGUGA